GUAGUAGUCAAGCAAGAAAAUAUUAAGCUUCUUUGCAUUGUUUUCACCAUUGGUAUAGGUAUUGCUUAGGAAGCAAAGAGACAGUACUAGAAAGUGAUUCUUGCAUUACUUUACCUCCCCCUCCCCCUUGUAGUUUCGUAAGAAUCCAAAGUAUACAUCAACAAAGAAGCUUGUUAUAUAGUUAAUGGAGAUGGAGAGUGAAACACAGCAGUCAAAAUUUAGGAGGGUUUGUGUAUUUUGUGGAAGUAGCCAAGGCAAGAAGAGUAGCUACCAAGAUGCUGCUAUAGAGCUUGGCAGAGAAUUGGUUUCAAGGAACAUUGAUCUGGUCUAUGGAGGAGGAAGCAUAGGUUUGAUGGGAUUGGUUUCACAAGCUGUUCAUGAUGGUGGUCGCCAUGUCAUUGGAGUUAUUCCCAAGACGCUCAUGCCUCGAGAGUUAACUGGUGAAACAGUAGGGGAAGUGAAGGCUGUUGCAGAUAUGCAUCAAAGGAAGGCAGAGAUGGCUAAGCAUUCAGAUGCUUUUAUUGCCUUACCAGGUGGAUAUGGAACUCUUGAAGAAUUGCUUGAAGUGAUUACUUGGGCUCAGCUAGGAAUACAUGAUAAACCAGUUGGCUUACUGAAUGUUGAUGGAUACUAUAACUCGUUACUUUCGUUCAUCGAUAAAGCCGUGGAAGAGGGAUUUAUUAGUCCGAGUGCACGCCAAAUCAUUGUUUCUGCACCCACGGCUAAAGAAUUAGUAAAGCAAUUGGAGGAAUAUGUGCCCUGCCAUGAAAGUGUUGCUUCAAAGUUGAGUUGGGAGAUGGAGCAAUUUGGCUACUCUCAAUCAUAUAACUUGUCCAGGUAGUGUUUGGAGGGAGGUGCAUGAAGGAGAAGGUAUAUAUGGAAAUCGUUAAGGCUCUUGGGAAAAAAGACUUGAAAUUUUACUUCAAUGGGGGGAACUCUAUUUUUGUUUGUAAAUCACUGCCAUUGACAUCAAUAUAUGAAAGUUAAGAACCUUCUCUUUUUAC